CCAUCCGUUGGACAAGCCCGGAUUCCAUAUGGUGUGGAAUCAUGCAAGGAGACUUUUAUCAGCUGCACGAUCGACGCCUCGUCGUGGAGUGCGGGCGAACUACUACGCUGGCUGUUCAGAAAAGGCUAUGUUACAGCACAGUUCGACCCUUCCUUCCGUUACUUGGGACGAUUCCCGGAUUUGCCUAUCAGAGAUGUACAAGUGAAAUCCACCUCUACUUCCGCAUCGUCUGCGCAACAACCCGACACCAUCCAGCCUUCAAGCGAUGCAUACGAAAUCGUUGAUCGACCGACGUCAAGCGCCAGCUCCAUAAUGAGCUUUAUGACAGCCCAUAGUCAAUUUUCCUUCGCGAGUGCGAGGUCGACGUACAGUAACUCCACUUUCUAUUCAAUAGCCACAAGGAUUGAAACCAUUCGCGAGGACGAAACGCCUAGUCUUGAUCUCACUGUACCGCUAGCGCAGCUUCAUAAGGAUUAUUACACAACCCUUCGUCGUCAGGAGAUGAUUCAGCCUUUGAACAAAGAGCUCAAUUGGUCUGGGAAGGGCCAGCACGUUACAUUUGCACCGAGUGAUGAGAUCCCAUUGCGCUCCAUAUCACAUCUGGGGUCCUCGAAUGCCGCAACAGUCGACAAGGUGAUCUGUCGUCGAAUAGCACUCGCAAGAAAAACGAUGAAGUGCGACAAGAGAUGGACUGUGGUCGAUGCUUCGCGUGAAGCCUAUCACCUACAGAACUUCCGCCAUUUUCACAUCGUUCAGUUAGUGGGGACAUACCUCCAGGGCCGCAAAUUCUCGAUUCUCAUGUAUCCCGUUGCGGAUUCUCAUUUGGCCACAUUUCUUGAAGAGACCUGCGAUAUACCUGCUUCUAGCACGACGGGCCCCUGGUUUCGACAUCGUUUUCUUGCCACGACCUUCGGCUGUCUCGCUGCCGCACUGGCAUUCAUUCACAAGAACACUACAAAGCACAUGGAUGUCAAACCCCACAACAUACUCGUCCGAUAUGCGAAGUCGUGUGUUAAUGAGACCUGGCGCGUUUACGUCGCUGACUUUGGACUGUCGCGUUCUUUCGGCUCGCAGGACCAGAGUCAAACUGACGGACCAACAUCACGAACACCUCGCUACUGCUCACCGGAGGUGUACAACGACGAGCCACGUGGUAGACCUUCCGAUAUUUUCUCGCUUGGAUGUGUAUUCCUUGAGAUUCUUUGCGUCUUGGGGAAAAACGAUCUACAAGACUUUGCCGAUGCGCGACGAGAUAGCAGCGGCGACGAAUCGUUCCACGGAAAUUUGGAUAGAGUGGUCGAGUACGCACACGGGUCUCUACGCUGCGAAGAACUACCAAGGGCAUCUGCCUGGACAGAAGAUGUCGCCGCAUUCGACAUAAUUGCUGAAAUAGUGAUAAGUAUGCUUAGUCGAGAGCCUAGCAAGAGGCCUACGGCAGCACAGAUUCGCAAGCGCAUCGUCGGCCUCCCGAAAUGCUCAUUCUUACCCUGUCCCAGCUGUUCCUUACCUCCAGAACCGUACGAGCGUGACCAAUAGGCACUAUGAGCCCAAAUAGAGGAAGUUGACAAUUGUAAUUAUAGAAGUUUAAGGAUCCAAGACGAGCUCAACGGAAGCGCAGGAUGUUAGCGAAUGCAAUCAAACCGUCGUACAAAGCGCAUACCCAUCUCAACUCCCACACAUAUCACUGCAUAGCGAACACAAAGUUGAAGUCAUAACGUCUUGAAUUC